AUGGACUGCGCACCUCAAAUCACAAAUGCUGUUGAAACAGCCAUCCCCUUAUGCCAGAUCAUUUGGUGUGGCAUUCAUGUGUUGCGCGCUGUCAUGAGAAAGGCUGAAAAGUUUCAAGAUCGUUCCAACUUCGAAACUUUCUAUAACUUAAUGAAGUUAUUGGUCUUUGGUUCUGAAGAGGAAGAAAUUGAUCCUGAUGAAGUUUACAACAAUUUAGAAGAAAUUUUAAAUGAGGAACCUGCUGCCCGUGAAUACUUUGACCGACAGUGGCGCCAUCAUCUUGACAGGUGGAUGCUUCGCUAUAGAAAUGAAGGAGAUGGAACAAACAACAUCUCGGAAUCACAUUUCAAGGUUUUGAAGCACCAGUACUUCCCAGAAAGGCGAAAUCUUCUACUCGAUGAACUUGUCAUCGAGUUAUAUUCCAGUGUUGUUCCUUCAUUCCUGAUUAAGUUGCAAAUUAAAGGUCUGGAUUCAGAGAGAAAUGUUAAAGUUAUCAAAAAAGUCACAAGAGAUUUCGAAGAAAUGACACAAUUUAAAAAAGUCGAAUGCAUCAGUAUGCUUGAAGCUGUUCAGAAAGGUCUGAAAAAUGAUACACUUGAUCCCAACAUUGUUUACUCAACAUUAAAAAUAUUAUUGCAAAGAAAACAUUUGAUUUAA